GUUGCACCUUGUACCUCAUGCGCCGUAAUAGACUUGGGGUUUCUUCGCCGCGUGCGAGCCAACACUUGAGCAAACAGGAACCAGACUGGGAUGUUUUCCUUGUUUCUGGCAGCUGACUGACUGUGGGGCAAUGGUGGUCAGCUAGGUUAGCUCUGUAGAUAGCAACUUUUGAUUUGCUUUUAUGCUCAUCUAGAUUCCUAAGAUUUGUUUAAAUAAUGAAUUUACUACCGUCUAACCCACACGGAAAUGGCCUUCUUUAUGCUGGGUUUAACCAAGAUCACGGAUGCUUUGCCUGUGGGAUGGAAAAUGGAUUCCGUGUGUACAACACAGAUCCCCUCAAAGAAAAGGAAAAGCAAGAGUUUCUGGAGGGUGGAGUUGGGCAUGUGGAGAUGCUAUUUAGAUGUAACUAUUUAGCAUUAGUUGGUGGAGGAAAAAAACCCAAGUAUCCAACCAACAAAGUGAUGAUCUGGGAUGACUUGAAGAAAAAGACGGUAAUAGAGAUAGAAUUCUCCACAGAAGUCAAGGCUGUAAAACUUCGGCGGGACAGAAUUGUAGUGGUCCUGGACUCAAUGAUUAAAGUUUUCACCUUCACGCACAAUCCCCAUCAGUUGCACGUGUUCGAGACCUGCUACAACCCCAAAGGCCUGUGCGUGCUGUGUCCCAACAGUAACAACUCACUCCUGGCUUUCCCUGGCACACACUCUGGUCAUGUGCAGAUUGUGGACUUGGCCAAUACAGAGAAACCACCAGUGGACAUUCCUGCCCAUGAGGGGGCGCUGUGCUGCAUUGCUCUCAACUUACAGGGCACCAGGAUCGCUACAGCCUCAGAGAAGGGAACCCUCAUAAGAAUCUUUGACACUUCAGCUGGUCAGCUGAUUCAGGAACUGAGAAGAGGCUCUCAGGCCGCUAACAUAUACUGCAUUAACUUUAACCAGGAUGCGUCCCUGAUCUGUGUGUCUAGUGACCAUGGGACUGUGCACAUCUUUGCUGCUGAGGACCCUAAGAGGAAUAAGCAGAGCAGUUUGGCCUCUGCCAGCUUCCUCCCAAAAUACUUCAGCUCUAAAUGGAGCUUCUCCAAGUUCCAGGUCCCCUCAGGUUCUCCUUGUGUUUGUGCCUUUGGGACGGAGCCCAACGCUGUCAUAGCUAUUUGUGCUGAUGGCAGCUACUACAAGUUCCUCUUCAACCAGAAAGGGGAGUGCUCCAGAGAUGUGUACGCCCAGUUCCUCGAAAUGACCGAUGAAAAGAUCUGACCCCUGACCUCUACUCACAGACUUCAGAUAUAUUUUUAUGUUGAAAUGGGGACAUACAGGACUCUUGGACAGAGUUGAACUGUCUGUGCUGACACUUUGAAAGUGAAAAGAGGGAAUUGUUUUAUUUCUGAGGCCUCUUUUUAAAACGUCUUCCGAAGACUUUUGAGGACGGCUGGCUGUUUUAACCAUAACUGUGAUGGGAAAAGCGAUCAAACAAACCCAGAAGUGUCUCUAGAGGGAAGCUGUGUAUCUACAGAUAUAAAGUUUCAUAUAUACAGACUGUUGAUGUAUAUACAAGUGUACUAUGAACAGGAUCACACCUGCCACUGAGAGGUCCUGUUAUAAACAUAUAGUAUUAGAUAUUCAUUGUAAGAACACACACACCAGAAGAAGACUGAACAUCGAGCAAAUGUGUUGAUGAUUGUAGCAAAAUUCAGAACUAAUAUUUUGUGCAAUAUGUUAAUUUUUUCUUUAUUUGUAAUUAUUUUAACACAAACCUGACCAGUCAUUUCUAUUCCUUUCUGAAGUGGGUCUUAUUCAGACACUUUUGCCUUUCCAAAUUGAGUUUAUCCUCUAAUUGGCUGUACAUUUCGUACUGCCCAACUUGAGUUCUAAGUUUAAGGCCCCUUUGUUCCUCUUUUCAUGCAUUAAAUGUUUAUGUGACCAGAACACAGAUUUGAAAGAUUGGCCAGGCUAAAUAAUUAGUCCUAAUCUACAGAACUCCACCCAUCGUUAAACUGGUGAAACCCUGCACUUAAAACUAUUCCAAUGCACAACCAAUGUAAUGGGACGACCAAGUGAUCCACUGCAGUUGAUCUUUACUAACUAAUCUAAUUACUCAACUUCUGUGCAAUAAACAUUAAUUUAAUCAUUUGUAUGUCCAAUCUCUGCAAAGCUUACACAAUGCUGCCAAUGUUUGUUUGUACAGUAAAUAAAUGUGUAUACUUUUA